CAAAGUGACAGCACUCUCCUCCAUUGUCCCCUCUGCCUCUCGCCAACCCUCAAGAACGCUGCAGCUCAGUCUGUGAGACUGAUUCACCCCAGCGGGCUUCGUGCAGGAUCUAUUGGAUGCACCUGCAGAGGACACAGAAAGAACGGAUUCCAGACAUCUCUCCAGAGAUAGCCAUGGCACACAACCCAGAACCUCCACCAGAGACCUCCGUGGUCAAGUUCAAGAAUCAAGACUUUAGGACCUUACGGGAUCGGUGCCUGAACAGGGGUCAGCUGUUUAUAGAUGACACAUUCCCCGCCGAGGCAUCUUCCAUAGGCCAGAAGUUGCUCAAAGGAAAACACCUUUCAAAACUGGAGUGGAAGCGACCACAGGAUUUGUCAGAGGAUCCCCCUCAUUUCAUCCUGAAAGGUGCAAGCAGAUUUGACAUCCAGCAAGGAAGAGCAGGAGACUGCUGGUUCCUGGCAGCACUGGGCUCCCUGACCCAGAACCCAAAGUGUCUGCAGAAGAUCCUGAUGGACCAAAGCUAUUCACAUCAGUAUGCUGGGAUUUUCCGGUUCCGGUUCUGGCAGUGUGGCCAGUGGGUGGAGGUGGUGGUUGAUGACCGAUUGCCUGUCAUAGGCAAGAACUUCCUCUUUGUGCAUCCUCGAAGAGGCAACCAGGAAUUUUGGCCCUGCCUGAUGGAGAAAGCCUAUGCCAAGCUGCUUGGCUCCUAUUCCCAGAUACACUAUGGCUACCUUCCUGAUGCCCUGGUGGACCUCACAGGAGGAGUGGUCACCAUCGUCAACCUGCACUCCUCCCCUUCUGAGAUACUUACAGCAGUGAAGACUGCAGUCAAGGCAGGAUCAAUGGUGGCCUGUGCCACCCCAAAGGGGCUGACAGACGAGUCUGAGGUGAUGGAGAAUGGACUGGUGAGCCAGCAUGCCUACACAGUGACUGGAGCUGAGCAGAUUCAGUACCAGAGGGGCUGGGAAGAAAUCAUCCGCCUUUGGAACCCCUGGGGCAACACAGAAUGGAAAGGGCGCUGGAGAGAUGGGUCCCAGGAGUGGGAGGAAACCCAUGACCCACGGAAAAGCCAACUGUAUGAGAACAAGGAUGAUGGCGAGUUUUGGAUGUCAUGUCAAGACUUCCAGGAGAACUUCUCAUGCCUGUUCAUCUGUAACCAGGUCCCGAUCACCCUGGAUCAUGGAGUCACACCCAGUGAAAGAUGGCGCCAAAUGAUGUUCAAGAACCAAGUGGUCUCAAGAAAUAUGGCAGGUGGACAUGGGAGGGAUAUUCAGUAUCUCUUUGGUGUUCAAGAGCCCACUGACGGCAACAAUGUUGUUGUGGCCUUCACGAUCAUGUCACAAAGCUUGAAGACAGAAGAGGAGAUAUUCCCAUUACAGUUCCAGGUGUUCAAGGUAAACUCCCAGUUCCAGAAGUUCCAGGAAAGACUGCCACCUGCAUUUUUCUCCCCAUUUAGAAAUGCUGCCCAGGGCAUAGACUAUGUAUCCAAGUGCAACUUCACAAGGUCCUUCCACCUGAGCCCUGGGACCUAUGUAGUGGUUCCCUCAGCACACAGAAAAGAAGUUGAGUUCCUGCUCCGAAUAUUCCUCAAAAUGCCAGACAAGGACAGGAACGUGAGCAGCAGUUUCAACCUCAGAGCCCUUAAGGGAAGUCUUUCAGAAAAUGGAUCCCAAAAAAGCAUUUUCUACAGAUACGUGGAUCGGGGAUUGGGCAUUGAUGCCACCCAACUUCAGAGACUUCUCAACCAGGAGUUCCUGAUAGGGUCUCCGGAGGACACUUUCUCCUUGGACCAGUGCCAAAGCAUUGUGGCUCUGAUGGAUGUGAAGGUGAAUGGGCGGCUGGAUCAGGACGAGUUUGCAAGACUGUGGAGUCGCCUUAUCCACUGCCAGCACAUUUUCCAGAACAUUCAGAGGAGCCCCGGAGUUCUCCUGGGCGCAGACCUGUGGAAGGUCAUAGAAAGUACAGGUUCGUUGAGCCUCAUGAGGCAGAGGACUACCCCAUCUCCAGUCUCCUCUGAGCUACCAACUUACCUUCCCAUCCCAGACUUCCUUUCAGGAGUCUUCAUCAGCAAUGAGCUGCUGAGUCUCAUGACACUCCGGUACAGUGAUAACUCUGGCCAAGUCAGCUUCCCCAGUCUUGUCUGCUUCCUGAUACGGCUGGAAACCAUGGCAAAGGCAUUCCGCAACCUCUCCAAGGAUGGCAAAGGAGUCUACCUGACAGAAAUGGAGUGGAUGAACCUGGUCAUGUAUGGCUGAGACGAAGAGCCCUCUGGACCAGCUACUCUCUGACAUCACAAUAUUGCAUGGCUCUUGAGUUGCACUGAGGAACUAGAGGCAGGAAGAUGAAGAAGCUCUGCCUGGAAAUGUACAGCUCCACCUGCUUUGGUACCAACCCCUUCAUCCCCAUGCUGUCACACAGCAUCUCCCUCUGGGGUUGUUCUGUAAUUCACUACCAUCACCUUUGAAUGAAUUUUCUCCUCUAUCUUCGAAAUACUCUCUCUCUCUCUCCCUCCCUCCCUUCCUCUCUCUCUCUCUCUCUCUCUCUCUCUCUCUCUCUCUUUCUUCUCUCUCUCUCUUUCUUUUCUCUCUCCAUUCUCCAGGAUUUCCUAAGCAUCAUUCAAACAUUUGUCUUUUGAAUCUCUCCCACCUCAUAAUCCCUUCCAGCCUCUACCACCCCUCUCCUCCCAUUAGAGCCAAACUUCAUAAAGGAAUUAAUUGUCUCCCCAUCCUUACUUCCUAUUCUCUCUUUGAGCUAUUUCAAUUUGGAUUUCUCAGAAAUCAUCUGUCUCCCUGAAUUUUGCAUUGGCUUUUGAUCUUAUUUUUCUAUAUCCAUUCAUAUCCCUCAAAUCAAUUUCCUGAAGCCAGAACUAUGCUCUUAAAAAAUUCAAAUCCAUUUACCACAUUCUCCAAGUGAAAAACUCUUCAACAUAUCCUCCUCUUGCUAUACAAGGUAAUUCUAGAGUCCUUAACAUCAAUCCCUGGAUCGUUGCACCAUCUGCCUCAAGCCCAUCCAUCCUAUCACAACUCGCCUGUUCCUUCAUCUACAUCCACCAUAUGUACAAUUGCCUUCUAUUCUUGUUAUUCCAAGCCUCGGAUCUCAGGCCUUACUGUCUGUUCUGCCCUGACUAUUAGUAGCCCAUCAUCUGCCAUUUCUUGCUGUAGCCCAACUGGCAACUCCCAUAAAAUUUCUCACAUACCCUUUCCCCGGUUACAAAACUCAGCAUGUAGUUUUCUUGUUGUCGUUUCUUCCUUUAUUCUUAGUGAGGUUUGUUGAAAUGCAAUCCACAACAUAAAGUUUGCCCACUUAUAGUGUGGAAUUCAAGCUAAACACAGUGGUACACACCUAGAAACUGAAAGCCCAGGAAGCAGAUGUAGGAGACCACAAAUUCCAAUCCAGCUUAGGCUACAUAGUGAGUUCUAGACCUGCCAGAGCUACAUGCUGAGACACUGUCACAAACAAAGAAACCAAGUAUGUUAUAUUUGUGGUUUUAGUAUACUUGCAGGCCUACAUGACCAUUCCAAUAAUAUGAUUUUAUAGCACUUCCAUAUAAAGCAAUAUAAUAUUCCCCCCGCAGUUACUCCCCCGUUGCACCCAACCUUAAUCUUAGGAAAACUGUAAUCUACGUUAUGACUCUGUAGAUGUGCCUAUUCUGUGUGUUCCAUACAAGUGGAAUCAUAAAAUGAGCGGCCCUUAGUAACUGUGUCUUUCACCUACCCUGAUGUUCUCAGAGUUCACAUACAUUGAAGCAUGCCUUAAGUCUUCAUUCCAUUUUAGUCCUAAGCAGUAUUUCAUUGAUACUGCACCGUAUUUGAUUCAUCAUUCAACAACUGGUAGAUGUUGAAGUUAUUUGUACUUUGUGGAGAUGAUCAUUGAUUAUCAUGUUGUGAAUGUUUGUAGGUGAGCUUUGAGGUGGACGUCAUGUUUUCACUUCACUAGGCUAUAUAGCUAGUGAUGGGCCUGAAGGAGCACAUGGUAACUCUGUGUGAUGCUCUGAGGAGUGGCUUGCCUUUUUGUCUCUUCCCACCAGCAGAGAAUGGGAGUUUAAGCAACACAUGGGGUUGUCUGUCUCUAUGGGUUUGAACUGGUACCUCACUGUGGGUUUUGUUGGCACUUCCUUGAUAUCAAAUGAUGCUGAGCCUCUUUCCCACUGAUUAUGGGUUAAUUGUAUGCUUUCUUUAGAGAAUUCUACUCAACUCCUUUCUGCAUUUUGAAAUUGAGUUAUAUAUUCAAAUCUUCUUGCCACUGAAUUGUGAGACUUAUUUUCAUAUUUUAGUUACUAAUCCCUUAUCAUAUAUGUUUUUGUCAAGUUUUUUCCUCUUA